AUGACUAGAAGCUGGUCUUUCGCCUUCGAAUUGACAAUAAUCUCAGAACAGCCCGACUUCUACGAGGGUUUACUAGGCCGAGGCAACUCUGGUUCUGAAGAGAUCUUAGUUUAUGAAGCCUCUUCUUCAGAGCCCGCAGAUCCUGACGAGAGCGAAGACGAGAAUGAGGAUAAUGAAGACAUCAAUAACGAGGCCUGCUACGUCUUCCUUCGCGUGAUGGACGAAAACGACUCGCCAGUCCGCUUCUCGCGAGCCUACUUCACAGCAGCUGUCUCCGAGGCAGCACCAAUAUUCAGCCCCGUCUUUCAGUUGACCGCUCACGAUGCCGACUGCCUACAUUGCCCAGAAACAGCGCCCCCAUUCACUUUUUCCAUUGUUGGCCUCGUCUCAGUCACCACGGGACAUGGCAUUCAUGUGACCAUCCGAUCGAACCAGCCGACCGACGGACACCUUCGAGAGGCAUACAAAAAGACGACUGACAAGAGAACAGUUGAAGUAUCUGGAGAUGAGUCGGAUCAGAGGAGGGAGCUUCAAACGAACACCGAAAAUCCAUUUACUCUAGACCCGUUGACAGGAGUCGUCCGUGUGAUUGCCCCAUUGGAUCGUGAGAAGGUGAAUAUACCGUUUUUGCACAUUAUUGAAAGGAAAUCCAGGAUCGCUUCCUACGAGUUACGUGUCAGUGUCACUGAUGGAACCGCCUUUCAUGAGACCGGUCUCCGCAUCGACGUGCUCGAUGAAAACGACAACCCGCCCUUGUUCACACCCACCACUAUGGACCUUCUGAAAGACUUCAAAGAAGGCAGAAAAGGCCCUGAAUUGAGGCUGGCCACGGCAGAUGGCCAGCUCUUCGAGAGUCUGUUGUCAGAGAGCCAACUUUAUUUGCCCAACGACACGAGCCAGGCGACCAUUAAACAUCGCACAGACGGGCCAGUGGACGAGAGCAGCAGAGGGAUUACGGCCAGCGCACUCGACAUGGUCUCGGUCAGGCCUGGAGAUAGCACCAAUUCGUCACUAAGGCCUCUACUUUCAGGUCAGCCGGAUGGGCCUCAC